AUGAUGACUUUAUUGGAAGACCUACCUAACGAAUUGUUAUUUGAUGUUUUCGAGUAUAUUUCUGCUCGAGAUUUAUAUUAUAGCUUUUGGGCACUCAAUAGGCGAAUUAAUUAUAUUGUUCGAUCACUCAAGAAUCUUUCGCUUAUUAUUUAUAAAAACGAACCAUUGUUAAUUCAAACAUUUGCGGAUAAAAUCUUUCGUUUACAAGUUUCUAAUCAUUAUGAUAUUAUAGACAUAGAUCACUUUCCUAAUUUGCGUUCACUAAGCUUGUACAACGCAAGUGACAAACAAUUGCAACAGAUUCGAUAUGAUUGUAUGCCUAAUCUCAUGUAUCUUUUUAUUCCAAUACCAAAUAUUACUGAAUCAUCAGCAAAACUAGCUCGUAACAUAUUUUCUAAUCAACUACCUUCUCUUCGAUAUGCAGAUUUAGGUAUAAUAGAUGUAAAUUAUAUAUCUUUGUCGUCUUGGUCACCUUCUCUUCGUGUGUUAUGUAUUAAUUGUACUAGAUCUAUUGUAAUACGUAUGGUACUUCUGGUAUGUCCAAAUCUUAAACGAUUUCAAGUAAAUCUAGUUAAGAAUAAUUCAAAAAUAGCGACACAAUUACCAACUAAAACACUUAAUCAUAAUCUAAAAACGUUCAUUCUCUUGGUUAGUUGUAGAUCAUUACCGUUAGAAAAAAUUAAUGAUAUUCUUCUUGAUAUUCCAAAUGUAACGAGGAUAUAUCUUCGAUGGUGUUGCGAUACCCUUUUUGUUGCUCUGGCACGAAUGCUUUCAGAGCGGCUGAAAUAUUUAAGUCAAUUUGGAUGUAAUAUUAUUGAAUUUCCAAAUGAUAUUGAAUAUAAUAAUAUUAAAAGUAUUCGUGAAGUUCAUUCAAGCUUUAAUAAUAUCCAGUGUACGAUUAUACAUCAUGGCUAUCGACUAUUCACUGCUGAUGGUUUUCAUGAACAAGCCAAUCUGUUUGGAUAA